GAUAAUAAAGAGAAAACUAAAUCAAAAAUAUCUUUGAACUUCUCUACGAUCGGCUUGGUAACAGUCUCAUUGCCUUCCCUCUCACUAAUCAUCUGUUUCAUAACAGCCAUCCUUUUCAGAUAUGAUCAAAUCACUGAGACUGAAUGUAACAACACUAACAAUAUUCCAUCCGUCAGUGCCAUAACUGGGGUAAGCCCACCGCGUUAUGUCUGGAGAGUUGGCAUUGCAUUGCAUUCAGCACCCAGAUUCGUGAUUGGCUUGAUGUACCUUAAUUUCUACAAUGAAAAGUUGUCAAUGGUACCAAAGAAGUUACAAGGGCUCUUUAAAAUUUUAUACCGAUGUGUCUUUGUUUUUUAUACCAUAGAAAAUUCAUGUCUAGUUCUUGUCUCUUAUAUUUCUAAUGUCGAAAAUUAUGCCAUACAUGAAAAGAUUUUUAUAGUCUUCAUGUUCGCAGCAGUUAUACACCAAAUAUGUACAAUGGUAAUCUACCCUUGGUGUUUCAGCGAUAUGAAGAGUUUCGAGCACAAAUGGUUUUAUUUUUUGAUGCUAUGCGUGUCUACUGCUACCUUGCUAUUCUGCUUUAUACUGCACAGGCUUUACUGCAUACCUGGCGCUUUCUCAGUUUUCUCGACAGCUGAGUAUUUCAUAGUGCUUAGUGUGACUGGCUUUCAUUAUACAGCUGUCCUCGAUUUCAAGAAUUCUCAUUGGUCGAUA